AUGGUCCACGAGAGGGAGGACACGGUCACGUGCGGGCCCGUGAUGCCGCAGGGCGGCGUGCAGGCGUUAGAGGCGAUGCUCUACACCCUGGAUAUCCUGAACGAGCGGGAAAUCGUGCGGCGUCAAGAUCGGGCGCACAUUCUUGACGACUGCGACAAGGACACGUACGGGCUCGAGAUGGCGGUGGAUUUCAUCAAGGGUCGUACCUCGACGUCAACGUGCGCGAUCCUGACGUUACGGGCCUCCGCUCCAGUUCGAUACAGCAGGAGGAGUGAGAAGAGCCUGGCCGGUAGUGAAGGCCUGACAUGGAGGUCGGGACGACUCAGAGUGAACAACAUGGAGUUGGAACUCGAAGAGUACCAAAUGGAAUUGGAAGACUCAGAAGGACGUGAACCAACAUGA